UCAUCACUUCCAAAAAGAUACCAUCAAGACAAACAUCUCUCAUGAUAACAGUCAUAACAGUGAUUUAAUAAUAUUGCUUUAAAUUCUUCGUGAAAGACGUCGAGUUUGGAGACUUAUGCGGACUUGUGUUAGUUUUUAAACGAAUAAUGCCAAGAAAUAUGUCAAAAUCGUUUCAAGUCACAUCGAUUGACGAUGCUUCCAAAAAAAUAGAAGUGGGUACUUGUCAUAAUAUUUUCCACGAGCAAUGAUUAUAAUGUUAUACUAAUUAAUUUGGCUUGUUAAGACAGAAAUUGAGAAUUUAUAUAACAGUAGGUACUAUAAAGAAUUAUUACUGGCCACCCUUCAAAGUUACUAGUAUCCAUUUAAAAGAGGCCAUAGAUCCAGUUCCAUCUUGGCAAAAUUAUCAGAUCAAAGUCGUUGGUGAUAACAAGAUUUAUGGAACUUUUUGUGAAGAGCCAUUGCAAACACCUUCAACAAAUCAUAGUGCUUUUUUGUCGUCAGCAGUAAACUCCACUUUUUACAAAGAAAAUAGUUACAAUGAUUUGCAACCUUUAACAUUGUUUAACAUUUCAAAUACUAUAAUAUAUGUGAUGGAAGCUUCAGAUUACAUGAAUUCAUUAUUACCAACGACAAGUAAAUGUUCAUACAUACCAAUGACUUGUGAAUUUUCAAAUUCAAUAUCACAGAAUUUCAAAUUUAUGGUGUCUCAAAACCAACCAUUUCCGAAUACUAUUGAAAAAUUAUCUUAUCCAACAAUACAAAAUUCAUCUGAAGUGUUGUUAACAGUUCAUAAACGCAUUAAAGAUAUUGAAAUAUAUCUAAACGUCAAUUUCAGAGGCGCAUUAAAAAAAAAUUACAAUUACUACAUAAUAAUAACCCAGUUAUACCCAUACAUCCUGAUAUCCAAUCUUCAUCACAAGUACAAAGUUCUAAAUUAUAGAUCACACUUUCAAAAGGGUCUUCCAAUGAAGAAAUUUAUUCAAUCGGUUUCAAUCAUGUACUACUAUGAAUAUUUUAACUAAUAAUGUGCAGACUGAUCAAUCUUUGUAAUAUUCCACCUUAAGCAAUAGACACAUUUAAAUCUAUUUUUACCUACUUAAUAAUUUUUUGAAAUUAUAUAAUGUAUUAAC